AUAAAAAACAAGGUUAGGGUUGGACUGUAAUUAGUGUGAUGGUGUGAUUAGAUUCUUGAUUCUUCAUUGAUUCAAUGACGACAAUUGAUGACACACCAAAAGGUGUAUGUAUUUUGUAGUAGUUGAAAUAAAAUAAAAUUAUAUUUAGGGCGUUCAUAAAAGUUUCCACGAAUUAUAGUGAAAUUUAAACAUAAAUAAUGCAGUUCAUGCUGUUGUUUAGUCGUCAAGGAAAACUACGUUUACAAAAAUGGUACGUUGCACAUCCAGACAAAUUGAAAAAGAAGAUUACCAGAGAACUUAUCACUACUAUACUGGCUAGGAAACCUAAAAUGUGUAGUUUCCUUGAGUGGAGAGACCUUAAAAUAGUGUACAAACGAUAUGCUAGUUUGUAUUUCUGCUGUGCAAUAGAACAAGAUGACAACGAACUUCUUACUUUGGAGGUCAUCCAUAGAUAUGUGGAACUCCUGGACAAAUACUUUGGUAGUGUUUGUGAGCUUGACAUUAUCUUUAACUUCGAGAAAGCUUACUUUAUAUUAGACGAACUGAUGUUGGGAGGUGAAAUACAAGAAACUAGCAAAAAGAACGUUCUCAAAGCGAUUGCUGCACAAGAUCUUCUGCAAGAAGAAGAAACGCCUCAAGGUUUCUUUGAUGAUCACGGACUUGGCUAGGAUAAAAAUAAUGAUGGUAGUGAAGUGAUGCCCCAGUAGCAGUAUUGUAUUGAGAAAAUCUGUAGAACUAUCAGUUGUUUCAUCCAGUGGGACCUAGAUACAUUUUAACUAAAUUUCUUUGUAGGUAAAUGAUCUAAUAUAAAUAUAAUUAUUACUAGGUACCAUGGAUAAUUGGCAUAUAAAAUUUACAACAACAAUUUACUUUACAUUUAAAAUGUAUUUCCUUUAAUCAAAAUGUGAAAAAGGGUUUCUGUUUCUAAUAUAAGACACCUGAUGUGAUUUACAAUCUAGCUUAAAAAUAGAAAAACAUUAAAUUCACGAUCCAUUUAGAGCGAGUUCUAACGUUUUUUUAGCAUUCAACUUAGUUCAAGAUUUUAUUUUAUUUUAAAGUCCUUAAGGGCCCCAUACACUACGAUGAAACACGACGGUUUUCAUCGCCACGAUGAAACAUGUCGUUCUAAAACCGAAGUGUGUAAUAGAAAAACACGGCGGUUUUCUACAGGACCCCACAGGCAUGAUGAAACACAACGGUUUUCAUCACCAUGAUGAAACAUGUCGGUUUUCAUCACCAUGAUGAAACACGUCGUUCCAAAACCGAAGUGUGUAAUAGAAAAACACGGCGGUUUUCUACAGGGCCCCACAGACUACGAUGAAACACGACGGUUUUCAUCGCCACCAUGAAAAAUGUCGUUCCAAAACCGAAGUGUGUGGUAGAAAACCGUUCGUAUGUACGAAAUGUUGAACCGUCAUGCCAAAAAUCAAGCUCAGACUGAAUUUUAAACCAACGAUGAAACAUGACGGUUUUCUACCACACACUUCGGUUUUGGAACGACGUGUUUCAUCGUGGCGAUGAAAACCGUCGUGUUUUAUCGUAGUCUGUGGGGCCCUGUAGAAAACCGUCGUGUUUUUUUAUUACACACUUCGGUUUUAGAAUGACGUGUUUCAUCGUGGCGAUGAAAACCGUCGUGUUUUAUCGUAGUGUAUGGGGCCCUUUACAGAGAAAUUUAAUUCGAUGUCAUUUUUUUUUAAGUCAAGAUGCAACCUCCCCUAAAUAUUUAUUUGUAAAUACCCACCAUUGGCUUCUGUCCUGAGAGAAUAAUAAUAAUUGUUCUUUAUAAAUCAACCUCAAAAGUUUGCGCUAGUAACUUAAUUUAACCACAAAUACAUUUCUACAAAAAUGUGAUUUGUUUUUUCACCAAAACAAAAAUGACAUGUCCAUAUUUGAAAUUAUGGGAAAAUAGAACUAGAAUAGAAGAUUUCCCUCAGCUCAACUAACAAUAAGUAAAGUUUUGAAUUAUUGUGUCGCCUGUUUAUACUUUGCUCAUUGAUUUUACUGUAUGAAUCGUAUUGUCAAAUAUUUAUUUGGGGAUAAUUAGAAACUUAUGUUCCACCUAACAAUGCAGGAAGCAAUUUGCACCCAAUGAAAUAUAGGAAUAUAUAGAAUAUACGUAAAAGAAGUACAUAACUGUUUUCAUACCUAUAGGACUCGCUACAUCAGAAACAAUUUUUAACCAUGUUUUCGAAUGAUAAUUUUUAUCAUAAAAUUAUAUUCAGAUGUAGGUACAUAUAAUUUUGUUGUGGCUAAAACAGGCAUUCAAUUUCCUAAUACUGUGUUUGCCACAAUUAUUAUAUAUCCUAAAAUAUUAUUUAUUGAAUUUUUGCUGAUUGCUGAAUAUAGUUUUUCAUUUUUCAGAUCAUUGAUGAUUAGUUUUAGGAUAAUUCCAAUCAUUCGAAUAAUAAGUACAUAUUGUUAAAAUUAUUAGUUGAUAAAGGGAUUAUCUACGUUUUUUCAUAUUAGGUAACACUGCCUUUUUAACAUUCAUUAUAGUUAUAAUAUUCUACAUAAUAAAAUAGUAUAAGAAUUUUCAGUUGUAUGCAACAUCCUCUUUUAACUUGAAAGUGCUUUUUAAAACUGGUCACUUUUAACAAUUUGUAUUCUAAAUAACUUACCCAAACUAACACAACAAGUGACCAGUUUUAAAAAGUGCUUUUAAGUUAAAAGAGGAUUUUGCAUACAGCUGUAUAACUUUUAUUGUUUAUUACUCUAGUAAAUAAAUUUGUUAUAAAUA